CCUUUUACCUUCCCAACCAACCUUGUCAUCAAAUGGAACAAAAAGACUCUGUUGAUCAGCCAGCGACAUGCGUAGGCGGAUGCGGUUUUUACGGUAACAAGAUAUACAACGGAAUGUGUUCGAAAUGCUUUAAAGAAUCUCAAGCGCAGCUUAAGAAAGAUGAGAAUACCCCAUCGCCUGUUGUAGCGGUUGCCGAGUCUAGCUCCACUACUGCACAUAGCCCAGCAGCAAGUGCAACCACAACAGAAGAAGCACAGCACGAAAAGUCCGUGGAUACCAAAUUACCUUCCACUUAUAUAUUACCAACCUCUCCACGACCAGAAACGAUACGAGAUACUCCUAUUGAAUCAUCCUCAACGCCUCCACCAGCUGUCAGCAGUCCACACCGCCAAACAUCCCCGGGUCAAUUUGAGCCCCAAAGUUCUUCUGCACCGAUAUCAGCGGCUUCAACACCUACCUCAGAUGCAUCUCCAUCAAACAAUGAAAAACCUGUUCAAUUGAACAAGGGACGCUGCUUUAGUUGCAGAGUAAAGAUACCACUGGCCAAACAAACUGUAAACAAAUGCCGAUGCAACUACACAUUCUGCGAUUCACAUCGCUACCCUGACCGACACGACUGCGACUUUGAUUAUGCAAAACUUGGGCGAGAUUUAUUGGCGAAGAACAAUCCAAAGCUCAAUCAGCGACCGAAAGGAGGCAGAACAUUUCAGAGAAUCGAUAGCCUGUGAAUCCUGCAGGCAGGACCUCAUCUUUUUUCUUUCUCGUUUCCUAUCAUUGGCUUCCCCAGCGUAUUGCCGAUAUUCGCAUAAUAAAGG